AUGACGUCACGCGGCUGUUACACCACCACCACCACCCCCCCCGCGUCCCGCACGGCGGCACUCACCCCCCCCCCCGCCGCCGCCGCGCCCGGCGCCGCCGAGUUCCCGCCGCGGCGCGCCCGGAUGACGUCACUGCCGGUACCGGACGGCCGCGUGUUUCACGGGAACUUCCGGUUCCGGGGCGCGGAGGUGCGGGUGGGUCCCGGGGGUGUGUGCGGGACUGUCCCCAAGGCACAGGGACUGUCCCCCCUGCCCCACGGGGCUGCCCCCGUUCUUGGUGGGGUGGCAGAAGCUUCCCACGGAGCGGGGCUGGCUGUGCUGGGGGCUCACCCCCCUGCUCCGCCGCAGGUCCUGCGGAUCCUGGCGGGGAAGGUGGUGGUGGGCCACGCCAUCCACAACGACUUCAAGGCGCUGCACUACUGCCACCCGCGGGCGCUGACGCGGGACACGGCGCAGAUCCCGCUGCUGAACCGCCGCGCCGGCUUCCCCGAGAACGUGGCCGUGUCCCUCAAGCGCCUCACCAAGGCCCUGCUCAACCAGGACAUCCAGGUGGGGAAAAGCGGCCACUCCUCGGUGGAAGAUGCCCGAGCCACCAUGGAGCUCUACAAGGUGGUGGAGGAGGAGUGGGAGCAGCACCUGCAGCAGAACCCGGAGCAGAAGUGACACCCUGGGGUGCUCAGAGUGACACCCCCAGCCCGGUUCUGCCUCAGGGGGUCCCGAAGUGACACCCCCAGCCCGGUCCUGCCUUUGUGGGGUCCCAAAGUGACACCCCCGGGCUGGUCCUCCCUUUGAGGGGGCUCAGAGUGACACUCCCGGCCUGGUCCUGCCUCUGGGGGGGCUCAGAGUGACACCCCCAGCCUGAUCCUACCUUUGAGGGGACCCAAAGUGACACCCCCAGCCCGGUCCUGCCUCUGGGGGGGUCCUAAAGUGA